GCGGCCCCGGCGCGUUUGCUCGAGCUGACGUCCUAGUCCUUUCUCACCUCUAGUCCGAUCCGGAGUUUGCAGACGCGUGCUUGCUCCUGGAGCCGGGAUCCUGGGAGACAGGCUCUUCGCCAUGGACCGCCCUCCAGCCUCCUCCAGAUUCUAUUCAGACUCGGAUUUCUGCCCCGAAUGCGGCUCAAUUUUGCCUCUUCCUGGAACUUUGGACACAGUAACUUGCCCCAGGUGUGGCUUCUCCAUAGACGUGCGGGAGUUCGAGGGGAAGGUGGUGGAGACCUCGGUUGUGUUUCACAAAUUGGGGACGACAGCUUUGAUGGUGUCAGAGGAAGAUGGGCCUGAGUUCCAGGGACCAGUGAUUGACAGGCGCUGUUCCAACUGUGGUCAUGAGGGAAUGGCAUAUCAUACCCGGCAGAUGCGUUCAGCUGAUGAAGGACAGACUGUUUUCUAUACCUGUACUAACUGCCGGUUCCAAGAGAAAGAAGAUUCUUGAUCUCUAGCUACCCUAUUGGACUCAGUCUCUUCUAUUUAAAAGCAUUCUUCCUCCACAGAGUCCUGCUUCGAUGGCUCAUGAUAUAGAAGGUGACCUGGGUUCUUGAAGGCUAUGGAGUGCAACCUCAGUUGCACUUCGGGUGACCCUCAACUUUAGAGGUUUUAUGAUUCCAUUAAU